AGGACUCAUGAAGGUGGCGCCCACUGGGUUCGAGCUGGACCUGGGUGAGAAGCGAGUACAGUUCUCUGUGGACUCUGUGGAGCAUCUGAUGAACUGGCUCGAGGAGCUGCGCCUGGCUGCCUCGCCAGCUCUGAACCGGCUUUCAAGGAGCUCGCGGACCUCUUUGGCUGAGGAGGUGGACAUGCAGCAGGUGGAUGAGUCCAAACUCUUUGACCUCUUCGCCGAGCGAGAAGAGGGAGCCCCGUCCCCGUCCAAUAACCUCUCCUUCUCCGUGGUCGAGACCGGCACACCUGAUGCCAACCGCCUGCGGCGACGGCUGAUGCUGAGUGUGGGGGUGUCAGAAGGCGAGGAGGAGGACGAGCCCCCUCCACUUGUGGAGCGAGUCAGCUCAGAGGAGGAUAUUCAAGGCACUGUGCCUGGCAGCUUCUGCCAAGCUGGGCCAGGCGCAGCGCCCAACGCCCUGUCCCAGCUUCGGCACCUCGAGGUGGAAAUGACCGGUGUGGUGGACAAAUGGUCUCGGACGCUUGCUGCGACGGAGGUGGACUGCCGGGCUCUGCUGCGCUUUUUCGGCCUCGGCUCGGGGAGUUCUUCGGACGCGGAGGGGGCGCGGCAGCUGCUGCAGGCGCUCAGCGCCUUCCAGGGCCAGGUGCGCACUGCGUGGGCGGAGCUGGACCAGCACGCGGCCAAGGCCAAGACCCGAGGCCCGAAAGGCCGCACGCGGCGAACCGCAGCCUCUGAGGCACUCAGCGACUCAUCUCGCGCUACAUCCCGGGCGGCCUGCGCCUCCACCUAUGCGGACGACGAGGCUGGCCAUGAAGGGGCUGAACACAGAGAGGCUGGCGAAGAAGAGGCCGGCCGAGACGAGGCUCAACAGCCUGAAGAGGCUGAACAGCCUGAAGAGCCUGAACAGCCUGAGGAGGGGAGGGAAGUAGCAAGCUUCAUGACAGUGAAGAGCACAGACUCUUAGGGGAGUUUUGCGGAGGCUGUCAGUUGUGUGGGCCAAAGUUGCCCAGAGCAAUCCGCUUCUGAAUCCAUAUUGAUUUCAACAUUCGGAACAGAUGAGUACGGCCUGCGGCAUGAGCCUUAGAUGGCCACUGAUGGAACCAAAGCGAACAGUGAGCAAAGCAAGUUGGUUUGCA